AUAUGUAGUCCCUUUGAAAGUUUAAAUAUUCUGUUUUCCUUCACAAUGGAAGACGCUAGAGAAGUUGCAAUAAACAAACUUUCAGAACUGCUGAAACAUCCAGAUGACCUUAAUUCCAAAGUCGGUCCACUUACUCGAAAGCUGGCAAAAGAGAAGGCUUCUAUAGACGCUCAGCUUAAUUCAGGCGUUCAAUCUCAACUGGACCACGUUCAAGAAGGUCUGGAAACAUUAACCAUCUCCAGCCGCAACAUAAACAGAGUUAAAGAGAAUAUGAGAAACAUUGAUAAGCUCUGCUACGAUGCUCAGUCAAUGAUUAAAGAUUUCCCCAGAAUAAAUAUGAUAUCUCAAGUUCAUCAGAAUUUUGUUGCAACACAAGCAAAAGUACAAGCUUUCCAAGAAUUAUACCAGCAACUGGAUGACUUGGAAGACGCUUUUGCACCUAUGCAAAACGACAUAUUUCAACCUCAUGAAUCUUUAUUGCAUGUACAUUAUCAUCUUUACAAAUUAGAAGAAUUUCGCGAUAAAACCAUGCACCAAGCCCGCGAUUCUCCUCAUGACGUUAUUAUCACUUUGAAGACAUAUUUUCGCAGAGUGGAUGUUCUAUCAGACGAUUUUACCCAGCACCUUUGGCUUCUUGCCCGUAACUUGAUCCCCCUCGUAGAAAAUGGAUGUGGUGCUACCAUUGUCAAAUUGAUUAAGAUUAUCGAGUGUGAAGAAACAGCUGACGAGAAAGCCUUGGCGGCUAGACAGGCACAGUCUAAUCAUCAUGACUUGCAAGGGCACAAAAAAUGGCGUUUGGCUGAAGGUAAUCCACGUACAAUCAAGUCAUACCGUGUGGAAUUUUAUGAGCAGUUACAUCAGUCGCUACUGGAGCAUUUUGAAGAGGAGUUUGCACAAUUCAAAGAGGCUGAGGACUGGCAAGGGGCGUUGGAUGCAACUGAUUUUAUAUUUAACGAGUUAGAGCUGGUGUACGAUCAAAUUGUACCUAAGUUCCCGAAGAAGUAUAAAAUAUUUCCAUAUUUUGUGCUGGAAUACCAUAGACAUACUUAUGAUCUGUUAAAUCAAAUGGUGCAACAAGAUUUAGAUGCUGGGACUAUUCUGCGACUCCUAAGAUUUGUCAGAGACUAUUACACAACGAUGAGCACUAGAUUGGGCGUCACGGAAGAGCUUUUGGAACCGCAAUUACUUGAUGGACAAGAACAGUCACUAGUAGAUGAAUAUCUCAAGUUAGUGCGCAGAAAACUUGUUGAAUGGACUUCAAAUCUCAUGCAAUCAGAAUCGAGAGAUUUUGUUACUAGAGAAAACCCACCGGAUAUGUCUCAAGAUGGUCAAUUCGGUCUAUCUGGUGCUGUAGAUCUAUUUCAAAUUAUAAACCAGCAGAUUGACGUGGCAGGUGACGCGAAUCAAGGAAAGCUAUUGUACUUGGUAGUGAACGAAUGUCAUAAAGUUAUGAAAGACUCUCAGAUUUUUUGGAAAAAACUUUUAUUGUCUGAAUUACAAAAACAACUGGAUCAACCUGAAGAUGUACCAGAAGGUUUUGUGGAAUAUGUUAUGGCUUUGGCUAACGACCAAAUAAAAUGUUCAGACUUCGCCAAUGACAUUUUGAUUCGCGUGCCGCCGAUUGUAGACGCAAAUUAUAAAUCACAAGUAGAGGACAAACUGUCAACGGCAAUUGAUGGGUACUUACAAAUUGCUGCUAGUGCUAGAGAAGCUUUACUGGAGGUUACAUUUGGCGAUAUUAAACCUGUAUUUGCUGACUUGUUUACAGCGCGUUGGUAUGAACAGCCAUUGAUUCCUUCUGUAAUCGAAACAUUGAAGGAUUACUGUAACGAUUUUGCCCAUUUGAAUAAAUUUAUAUUCGACAAACUUAUUCAUGAUAUGUUGGAUCGAUUCCUCAUGCUAUAUCUGGAAGCAAUGCGGCACAAAAAUGCUAAAUUCCAUAUGGAUACAUGCCUAGAAAAGAUUCAGAAUGAUGUUAGACUAUCUUUCAACUUCUUUGCAAAAUAUACCUCGGUCGAAGAGAUGGAAGAAAGAUUUGAUGUUAUCGAAAAGGUGCACAUUCUACUGGAAAGUAAUCGCCGCAUGAUAUUUGUUGAUUAUUAUACUUUAAGACAGGCUUAUCCGGAUGUUCCUCUGGCCUUUGUUGAAAAUAUAUUAAGUAAACGUGAUGAUCUCGAUAAAUCUGCUCUUAAGGACAUUAUGGAGGGAAUCAAGGCAAAGGCUCGAGAGUAUGAACCUGAUGCUAAUACUCCACCAACGAUUUUCAGUAGGAUUAAAUGGUAGUAUAAAUUUUUGCAAUAGGUAAUAAACUUUUGUUAAAGAUUAUAACUAAGAGGAAAAAAUGUGCUCAAUAAAUUUAAAAAGAUGGUGUUACUGGC